UGGGAUAGCUCCAUGCUACGUCAUGAACGAGGGGAGAGAGGCUCACCGUUCACUUUGUCCAACUGGGAUAGUUCAGAAACACUGGGGAGAUCCAGUGCAACUCUACGACUUUCCAUAGACCAAGGGAUGAGCUGUGCCGUUAUUUUGCAAGGAAGCCGUUACGCACUGGAGUUUAUCGCGUCCUUUACCUGACAGAAAGAAAAAAAAAACAAUUUCUGUGUAGGCUACUUUUACCUGCGCAUUGAAGGUGCUUGGGGAAAGUUUUAUAGACAGUUCAUAAGUCGUUUGCUGCAUUGAAAUACCUGCUACCCUGCAUGUCGGAUGCGAUUCGCUCUGUCUUGUACAUCUAAGUGAGCGCAGUGAGUGGAACGAUGCGUGUGACAAGGAUAAAUCCAACUUUUCUGGGACAUUUCACGAAAAACCUGCUUCUGGUGACGGCUCUGGUGAUCCAAACCGUGACAUGUGCUGCUGCAGACGUGACCCUGUCUGAAUCUGGAGAGAUUGAGCCACUGGCAGAGGCCCAGAGUGGAGGCCUGCCCACUUCAGAAGGCUACUUCCUGGAGUUCGUGGAGCCCCCCAGCAACAUCACCAUCAUGCAGGGCCAGAUGGCUACGCUGCACUGCAAGGUGGCGGGGAACCCCUGGCCCACCAUCCGCUGGCUGAAGAACGACGCGCCCGUGGUGCAGGAGCAGGGCCGCAUCACCAUCCGCAAGACCGAGAGCGGCUCCAAGCUGCGCAUCCAGGACCUGGACACCACCGACACGGGAUACUACCAGUGUGUGGCCACCAACGCCGUGAAGGUCAUCACCGCCACCGGGGUGCUCUACGUCAGGCUCGGGCAGUCUCCAACUCAUGGCCCCCACGACCCGAGCCAGGAGAAGGGUUUCUGCCAGCCCUACCGUGGCAUCGCCUGUGCCCGCUUCAUUGGCAACCGCAGCAUCUAUGUGGAGUCCCUGCAGACACAGGGAGAGAGUGAGAACCGCAUCACUGCCGCUUUCACCAUGAUCGGCACGUCCACGCAGCUCUCGGACCAGUGCUCGGAGUUCGCCAUCCCCUCCUUCUGCCACCAGGUGUUCCCGCUGUGCGAGGAGGGGAGCAGGGGGGGCGCGCCCCGCAAGCGCCAGCUGUGCCGGGACGAGUGCGAGGCGCUGGAGAACGACCUGUGCAACUUCGAGUACACGGUGGCGCGCUCCAACCCGCACCUGCUCAUGCAGCUGGAGCUGCCCAACUGCCAGCUGCUGCCCAUGCCCGGCACACCCGACGCCGCCAACUGUAUGCGCAUCGGAGUGCCGCACGACCGCCUCUGGACGUCUCACAGCUGCUACAAUGGCACGGGUGGUAACUACAGGGGCACGGUGAGCCAAACCCGCUCGGGCUACCACUGCCAGCCGUGGAGCAGCCAGUACCCGCACCGCCACACACUCUCCCUGGUGGAGUACCCGGAGCUGCGAGGGGGGCACAACUUCUGCAGGAACCCCAGUGGCCAGAUGGAGGCGCCAUGGUGCUACACGCUGGACCCCGAAGUCAGAUAUGACCUGUGUGACAUCCGCCGCUGCCAGCCUCCGGAGAGCAGUAAGAAGGAGAUCCUGUACAUCGUGGUCCCUGCCCUGGCCAUCCCCAUGGUCAUCGCCUGCCUCUUCUUCCUGGUCUGCAUGUGCCGCAACAAGCAGAAGGAGUCUGCCGACACGCCCACCCGCCGCCAGCUCACUGCCUCGCCCAGCCAAGACAUGGAGCUGCCCCUACUGAAUCAACACAAGCACCAGGCCAAGCCGCGCGAGAUCAACCUUUCUGCGGUGCGCUUCAUGGAGGAGUUGGGAGAGGACCGAUUCGGCAAGGUGUACAAGGGCCACCUGUAUGGCACGGCACCUGGAGAGCAGACACAGGUGGUGGCCAUCAAGACGGUGAAGGACAAGGACGAGGGCGGAGCGCUGCGGGAGGAGUUCCGCCACGAGGCCAUGCUGCGCUCGCGCCUGCAGCACCCCAACAUCGUCUGCCUGCUUGGGAUGGUCACCAAGGAGCAGCCCAUGAGCAUGCUCUUCAGCUUCUCCAGCCACGGCGACCUGCACGAGUUCCUGGUCAUGCGCUCACCACACUCCGACGUCGGCAGCUCGGACGAUGACGGAAAGACGGUCAAGUCCACCCUGGAACAGUCUGACUUCCUGCACAUUGUCACGCAGGUGGCCGCGGGCAUGGAGUACCUGGCCAGCCACCACGUGGUCCACAAGGACCUGGCUGCCCGCAACAUCCUGGUGUACGACAAGCUCAACGUGAAGAUCCUGGACCUGGGGCUGUUCCGCGAGGUCUACUCGGCCGACUACUACAAGCUGAUGGGCGCCAGCCCCUUCCCCAUCCGCUGGAUGUCCCCCGAGGCCAUCGUCUACGGCAAGUUCAGCACCGACUCGGACAUCUGGUCGUACGGCGUGGUGCUAUGGGAGAUCUUCAGCUACGGCCUGCAGCCCUACUGCGGCUACUCCAACCAGGACGUGAUGGAGAUGGUGCGCAACCGGCAGGUGCUGUCCUGCCCGGACGACUGCCCCGCCUGGGUCUACACGCUCAUGCUGGAGUGCUGGAGCGAGUUCCCGGCGCGCCGGCCGCGCUUCAAGGACAUCCACACGCGCCUGCGCUCCUGGGAGAGCCUGUCCAACUACAACAGCUCGGCCACGCAGACCUCGGGCGCCAGCAACACCACACAGACCAGCUCGCUCAGCACCAGCCCCGUCAGCAACAUCAGCGCCGCGCGCUACGUCAGCCCCACCAAGAAGGCCUCCCCGUUCCCGCAGCAGCCGCAGCCCCAGUUCAUGGCCAUGAAGGGCCAGAUGAGGCCCAUGGUGCCGCAGCAGCUCUACAUCCCCGUGAACGGCUACCAGCCCAUGCCGGCCUACCCCUACCACCUGCAGAACUUCUACCCCAUGCAGAUCCCCAUGCAGAUGGCGGCGGCCCACCAGCAGAUGGCGCCGCAGAUGGUGGCCAAGGCCGGCUCGCACCACAGCGGCAGCGGCUCCACCAGCACGGGCUACGUGACCACGGCGCCGUCCAACGCCUCGGGCGGCGCCGAGAGGGCGGCGCUGCUGAGCGAGGACGGGGCGGGGCCGGCGUCGGGGCCGGGGCACAAGGCGACGGCGGCGGAGGAGGACAUGAUGAUGAUGAUGGCCGACGGAGCAUCGCAGAACGGACGCCACAGCGAGGACACGUCGGUCCCCGAGACGGAGCUCCUGGGGGACAGCGAGAGCCCCCAGAUGGAGAGCAAUGACUGCCAUCAUGCCGAGGCGUAGGGUGGCCUGCACCCCUGACCUCUCCCUCCUCCUCUUCCUCCUCCUCCUCUAUCCCCUCCUUUUACUUUUCUGGAGCCGUUCACCAUAGGACGCUUUUGCACACCUAAGUUCGAGCAGGUGCAUUGGAUGUAAUAAGCAAAUAUCCCGCGCAUAGUACCAUCUAUUACACUUACGAUUUCUAUUGCUCAUACUGUUUCGGUCGUUCAGGUUAGAUUCCUGAUGUAGGUCUGAACGAAACGAAACCAAAACGCUUGAGCAAUAAAAAUGCAAGUGUAAUGGAAGGUGUGUGGGAUAUUUACUUACAUAUUACUUUCCUGGAGACGACCAGAGCCUCCUAAAAUUACUGCCACCGCGCGGAGGCAUAGGGUGCUCCUGUCCUACUCCUACUCCUACUCCUCCAACACUUUCUUUUCUGGAGCCAACCAGAACCUUACCCCGGAAAACAGAAUGAGAACUCUUGCUACAGAGUGUUUAUAGAGACUUUGUUUUUUGUUUUGUUUUUGUAUUUUCCUGGGUUAGUGAAAUGUACAGUACAUGAGUAGGAUGAUGUAACAAGUGAAGGGAAGACAUUUGAAUGAAACAGUAACUGAAUUGUAAUUUAUGAGGCUUUUUUUUCUCACCGCAGUCACUGACAUGGUGUGUGUGCAUGUGUGUGCGACGUGUGUCUGUCUGUGUGUUUGUGUGUGUGGAUGUACGCAAGUGUGUGAUGCUGAGCUUUAGGACUUUGUUGGGAUAUUUGUUUGGCAUCUAGGCUUUGUAUUGGGAAAAAGGACUCCCAUCAGCUGAUGAAGAAGAAUUGAGUCGUUUCAAUAGCCUCUGCACUGUGGAUGCCUUCUGCCCUGACUCCCGGGCAGUGUCAGUUUGUUGCAAAGUCAUUCAGAAGAAUUGAUGUUCUUACUGUUGCUGUGCAACAAGACGUGUUUUUCUUGUUUCUCUUUCUUGUGUUUCUUGUUUUAUUUUGUCUGUAAAACUACAUAUUUUUUUUUAGGUUACUUUAAGUCAGUGAUGCUUCUUUUGAAUGGUUCAUAGUAACGGCCUCCUGGACAUUGUUCAGUCCAUGCUCACUGACCUGAAAGUAAUUCAUUGUGAAGAGCCCAACAUUCAGCAAAGGUUGACCAGCAAUGAACUUGUUUGAAAUGACCGGACGAGUGGUUGAAUUAAAGCAAUGCUGUCUGGAUGUUGCUGGAUGACUGUCUAAACACCAGAAUACCAAAUGGAAGGGAUAUAGUGUGGUACAGUGACUUUUGGAUACGGCUGUCCAAAAAAAUGUCACCAUAUAUGGACCAGCCUAAGGCCAGAAAGCAUUGCUUGAGGACACCCAUACGAGUCAGACGGUCAUUUUAAACAGUCCCUUGGUCUAGAUAACCAUCAUAGCACAGUAUGAUAAUACCGUUAGCCUGUGGACAUAGUUGCUUACACUACAUAGUAUGAUGGGAAAAUUCCAUGGAACAGAGCACAUUAUGCUAGAAAUGAACAAGGUAGCUCAAUAAGAAUUGUAUGGCUGGGCAUAUAACUGACUUGUAUGAAUAUCUGCCUUUUAAUGCCGUUUUUUUAAAGAUAAUUUUCUUUUAAACUUUGAUGCCUUGUAAAAAAAAAACAUGUAAUUUAUGUAAUUUUGGAAAAAAAAUGGAUUGUCAAUUUUUUAAGUGUCUUUGCCUUUUCUUUAGGGGCAAGAUAUUUUAGUCAGUGGUGUUAUUUUCAUGUCCUUGCCACCAUACCUGCGUUUUUAACCAAGCUGUUAUAACAAGUGUUAAUCAUAUAUUGUGUACAUCCAGUGACUUGGAGGGUCAAAUAAAAAGAAGUAACAAAAAUUUGAUGAGUGUACAAAUGUUAUAACGCCAACUCUCAAUCUACAGAAUGUGUUUUUUUCUAAGUUCCUGAUUGGCUUGUUAUACAGUACAUUUAUGAAUCAUUUUUAUUACAUCAAAAUGCCCAGUAGCACAGUAG